CGCCUCUGUAGUUUGUCACUAGUGUGCUGUCUGGAAAGGACGUUGUCUGAGGCUUAAAGAUCAGAGACCAUGGGAGAGUGGGGUUUUUUGUCGUCGCUGUUGGACAAGGUCCAGUCCCACUCCACUGUCAUUGGAAAGAUCUGGCUCACUGUGCUCUUUAUCUUCAGGAUCAUGAUCCUGGGAGCUGGCGCAGAAAAGGUAUGGGGUGAUGAACAGUCCAACAUGAUCUGCAACACCAAACAGCCUGGUUGCAAGAACGUCUGUUAUGAUCAUGCCUUCCCAAUUUCGCAUAUCCGUUUCUGGAUUCUUCAGAUCAUCUUUGUCUCAACGCCAACUCUUGUCUACCUAGCUCACGUCCUCCACAUCGUUCACAAGGAGAACAAGCUGAGGGAACACAUACAGAAAAACUCAGGGAGAGAACUGAUCAAGUUUCCAAAAUACUCAGAUGAAAAGGGCCAUAUCAAGAUUAAGGGAGACCUUCUGGGGAGCUACACGGCCAGCAUAUUAUUCAGGAUCAUUCUGGAAGUAGCUUUCAUCGUGGGGCAAUACUAUCUGUAUGGGUUUGUCAUGGACCCAAGAAUCGUCUGCUCUCGGGCCCCCUGCCCCUUCACUGUUGAGUGCUACAUGUCUCGUCCUACAGAGAAGACAAUCUUCAUAUUGUUCAUGCUGGUAGUGUCUUGCAUCUCUCUGUUUCUCAAUGUGAUGGAGUUAUUCUACCUGAUGUGCUCUAGAGUCCGCUCUUCCAGCCAAAGAGCUAGAACAGCACCUAUGACAGCUAUUGCCAUGCACUCUCAUUUCACUGACAACAGCCUCAUGCAAAAUGAGAAGCUCAGCCUUCAUGGGGCUAGUCACACCAUGGGCUGAAUUUUUUUUUCUCUCACCCAGAUUGCGUCCAAAGAGAUGAUAAGUAAAUACGAUCUGAAUACAAGAAAUUACUAUCCUCUGUUCACGCUGAUGUUCCAGUACAUAAAAAUUGUUAAAGUGACGUAAAUUAAACUCUACUUUUGAAAUACUGGCAGGCACCUACAGAUAAAUGUUUGCAAUAAUACUCUCUAUUCCUCGGCUAAAGUCCCAACCACUAAAUAAGAACCAACAGGUCAUAGUUGACUGAUGUGGUUAGGAGUUAACACUAGGUAGCGGCAUUAGGAAGACAGAGACAUAGAGCAUGUAGAUAACAAGAAUACUUUUUUUUUUUAAGUUGACAAUCUUGAUUGUGAAGACACUAUAAAAAUUGUGGAAGUCUGAGCAUGGAACUCAAACACAGUACAUUAAGCAGUUCAAGAAGUACAAAGGACUGAUCAAGAGAUAUAGGGAUGAUGAAAAGUUGCGUUAGCUGUCUAAGUUUUAUUUAUCACUAAAUUAUUUUUUUUCUUUCUAUGACACCGAGUGGAUAUUUGGGUUGUACAUAGCAUUGAGAUCUGUUUAUUCUUGGUACCUGACAUUAGGUUGUGUUUUUGAUGUGUUUUUUUUCUCCUAUUGUUCACAAUAGUUGAGUUUGUAUUGUGCAGCACAAUUUGCACUGAAUUUGAACUACACAGUACAGCGGGAAUUGAGUUUGUAAUGUACAGUUGCUGAAUUAACUUAAGAGUAGGUGAGAAGGGUUAGGGAAAAAUAAGUGUAUACUUCCUCCUACUGCUUUUCCAACAUGUGAGAAGUAAUCUGAUGCAUACGGAGAUUUGUUCACUGAGUUUGAUGUGUGGAUUUGUUGAUCAUUUCAGAUUAUUGGCAAUGGUUUAUCUGCAUGUUACAUCCUUCUCAUUUACAUGUUCGAA